UACUUCUACACGGUUUAAAACAACGUUUCAAGGUUACAACAUGAGUAACGACGUAUCCAAAAAGAAAGGGAAGAGUUCUGGCGACAAAAAGGCGAAAAGAAAAGUCAAACGCAGAGAGACUUACGCCAUGUACAUCUAUAAAGUUUUGAAACAGGUCCAUCCGGACACGGGGAUUUCGAGCCGAGCCAUGAGCAUCAUGAACUCCUUCGUGAACGACCUGUUCGAGAGAAUCGCCACGGAGGCGUCCCGCCUGGCACAGUACAACAAGCGCUCCACCAUCACCAGCAGGGAGGUGCAGACCGCCGUCAGGCUGCUGCUGCCCGGGGAGCUGGCYAAGCACGCGGUGUCCGAGGGCACAAAGGCUGUCACAAAGUACACCAGCUCCAAGUAAAGACCCCCCCACUAAGGUCUAUGGUUCUGCAUGGUCUGGACACCGGAAUAAAUGCACAAACAGAUUUAUUUUCCCCUCAUGUUUUUAGCCACUUAACUUUUUUUUUUAAUUGUACUUGGUCAUUUUGACCGCUAGAGGGAGACAUUGUACGGGGUUUUGAACGUCUCUGUAUUCGAUGUGCAUACAUGCCCGUGUAGCAAAUAAAAAUAAAAAACCGUU